UCUAAGAAACGCAUUUCUCUAAACAUGGGUGAAACGGAGCAGAGACCAACAGCAGGAUCCCGGUUAGGAGCCCAGGAAAACUCUGGGAUCAGUACCUUGGAGCAUGGACAAAAGCCACCCGUGACGCCUCCGGGAAAACUCGUCUCCAUCAAAAUCCAGAUGCUGGAUGAUACGCAAGAGACUUUUGACGUUCCGCAAAGGGCUCCAGGGAAAGUUCUGCAUGAUGCYGUCUGCAACCACCUGAACCUUGUUGAAGGUGACUACUUUGGCCUUGAGUUUCCUGAUCACAAAAAGAUGAUGGUGUGGCUCGAUCUUUUGAAGCCUGUUAUGAAGCAGAUUAGAAGACCGAAGCACGUUGUGGUAAAAUUUGUGGUAAAAUUCUUCCCACCUGACCACACUCAGCUGCAAGAAGAACUGACAAGGUACCUAUUUGCAUUGCAAGUGAAGCAGGACCUGGCACAGGGAAGGCUAACGUGUAAUGACACCAGCACUGCCCUCUUAAUCUCACACAUUGUACAGUCUGAGAUUGGGGAUUUUGAUGAAACCAUAGAUCGCGAACACUUAGCAAAGAACAAGUAUAUACCUCAGCAAGAAGCACUAGAAGACAAAAUCAUGGAGUUUCACCGUAAUCACAUGGGACAGACACCAGCAGAGUCUGACUUCCAGCUUUUGGAGAUUGCCCGUCGCCUKGAGAUGUAUGGAAUACGCUUGCAUCCAGCCAAGGACAGGGAAGGGACAAAAAUCAACCUGGCUGUUGCCAACACAGGCAUUCUGGUGUUUCAGGGUCACACCAAGAUCAAUGCCUUCAACUGGGCUAAGGUUCGAAAGCUGAGCUUCAAGAGGAAACGUUUUCUUAUCAAGCUACGGCCUGAUGUGAAUAGCUCGUUCCAGGAUACCCUGGAGUUCCUUAUGGCUAGUCGAGAUUUCUGCAAGUCUUUCUGGAAGAUCUGUGUGGAACAUCAUGCCUUCUUCAGGCUUUUUGAGGAGCCUAAACCAAAGCCUAAACCUGUUCUUUUUUCUAGAGGUUCAUCAUUUAGGUUCAGUGGCCGGACUCAGAAGCAAGUCCUUGACUAUGUUAAAGAAGGAGGGCACAAAAAAGUACAGUUUGAAAGGAAGCACAGCAAGAUUCAUUCCAUCAGGAGUCUGACUGCACAGCCUUCAGAACAGCAUUCAGAGGUGCCAAAACAAAGCUCUAGCUUUGCCUUUGGAGAUGACAAUGAUGCCACAGCAGUGCAGAGCUGCCGGCAAGGGAAGGAAAUGAAAGCUUCUACAGAAGACACUGGACAACGCAGGAGCCCUUCCUUGAAGAAGAGCCCAAAGGAAAGCAGAAAGGUGGAUGGAGCAGUGGUGUCAACAGCGGAGGAAGAAGAGGAGAUUACUAAGGACAAGAUGCAGCAGAACAAACCUCAGUCGCAGCAACCAAGCACAGCAGGUUCUCUGACUGGUAGCCCUCACCUUUCAGAGCUUUCCAUCAAUUCCCAGGGAGGACCAUCCGUGGCAAAUAUGUCCYUAUCUCCAAAUCUGAGCCCUGAUGCCAAGCAGGCGUCUCCCCUCAUCAGCCCUUUGCUGAAUGACCCGGCAUGCAUCCGGACUGAUGAUGAGGAAGAGGUCAAAAGAAAGAGAUUCCCAACUGAGAAGGCUUACUUCAUUGCUAAAGAAGUYGCAACCACAGAACGCACAUACCUGAAGGACCUUGAAGUCAUCACRUCGUGGUUUCAGAGUGCAGUGAAUAAAGAGGAUUGCAUGCCCGAUACACUGAAGAAUCUCAUUUUCUCCAACUUCGAACCUUUGCACAAGUUUCAUGCUGGUUUUCUCAAGGAAAUUGAGCAAAGACUUGCUCUGUGGGAAGGCCGCUCUAAUGCUCACAUUAAAGGAGAUUACCAAAGAAUUGGGGAUGUUAUGCUGAAGAACAUUCAGAGCAUGAAGCAACUGACGGUUCACCUGCGGAAGCACGAGGAGGUCCUGGUGGAGCUGGAGACCGGCAUCAGGAGCUCGCGCAAGCUGGAGACCCUCUGCAGGGACUUUGAGCUGCAGAAAGUCUGCUACCUGCCCCUCAACACCUUCCUGCUGCGGCCCCUGCACAGGCUCAUGCACUACAAGCAGAUAAUGGAGAGGCUCUGCAAGCACUACCCGCCAAACCACAUAGACUUCAGGGAUUCGAGAGCUGCUUUGGCUGAGAUUUCCGAAAUGGUGGCGCAGCUCCACAGCAAUAUGAUAAAGAUGGAGAACUUCCAGAAGCUGCAUGAACUCAAGAAGGACCUGAUAGGCAUAGACAAUCUGGUGAUCCCAGGAAGGGAGUUCAUUAGACUGGGCAGUCUUAGUAAGUUGUCCGGAAAAGGUUUACAGCAACGGAUGUUCUUCCUGUUUAAUGAUAUUUUGCUCUAUACCAGUAGAGGCCUGACAGCAUCAAAUCAGUUCAAAGUCCAUGGGCAUCUACCGCUCUAUGACAUGACAAUAGAAGAAAGUGAGGAGGAAUGGGGGGUUCCCCACUGCCUGACGCUGCGAGGGCAGCACCAGUCCAUCAUCGUGGCUGCAAGUACCCGUGCCGAAAUGGACAAGUGGACCGAGGACAUUCAGAUGGCCAUCGACCUGGCAGAGAAGAGCAGUGGCCCCGCACCCGAGCUGCUGGCCAGCAGCCCUCCGGACAGCAAGUCUCCGGAUGAAGCUCCCGCGGACCAGGAAUCCGAGGAGGACCUCAGCGCGUCGCGCACCUCCCUGGAGCGGCAGGCCCCGCACCGCGGCAACACCACGGUGCACGUCUGCUGGCACCGCAACACCAGCGUCUCCAUGAUCGACUUCAGCAUUGCCGUGGAGAAUCAGCUGUCUGGAAAUCUCCUAAGAAAGUUCAAGAACAGCAACGGGUGGCAGAAGCUUUGGGUGGUGUUCACCAACUUCUGCAUGUUCUUCUAUAAAUCGCAUCAGGACAAUCAUCCUUUAGCCAGCCUUCCUUUAUUGGGAUAUUCACUUACCAUUCCUUCUGAAUCUGAAAACAUUCACAAAGAUUACGUGUUCAAGCUGCAUUUCAAAUCCCACGUGUACUAUUUCAGGGCUGAAAGUGAAUACACGUUUGAAAGGUGGAUGGAGGUGAUCCGCAGCGCCACCAGCUCGGCCCCGCGCCCGCUCGCGCCGGCCCCGCGCGAGCCCCACGCCUAYUGAGGCCGCUGCCCCUUUUCUACAGGACCUUUGAAACUCUUUUCUCCCUCYGACUUUAGUAAAACCCAACGUUUGUUUUAAAAAAGAAAAAGGAAAAAAAAAAAAUAAAGCAGCAACCAAGUAUGGUUUGGUGGAAACCUUCAUGUCUCCCUCAGUGAAAUGCUGAGGGGGUUUCCAUAUGGUCAAAAUAGCUUAUCAGCAUCCCCGCGGCUGCCGGUAGGGUCAUGUCUUGUAUUUUGUCAUUCUGUGCUGUUUUUAGCUUGUGCCAGUAUUAAAAGAUUGUCCUUCUUAGAGUGCCAAAUGCCAAACGAUGUUUUGUUGCCUCAAAGAUUGCACCUAAAAACUCAACAAAGUCACACCCUGAAAACUUUCUCCCGUGAGGCAAWUAUUAUUUCUUCUCUUUUCAUAAAAAUAUAUUAUUUUUUU